AUCAAUCACAUCCACCAAUUUAAACAAAUCCCAAUAUGCACUUCUCAACAUCAAUUCUUAUCUUCACCUCCACCGUCGCAGGUUUAGGCAUUAACUGUCGUGGCAGCGGCUUCUGUGACCUCACCUUCGGCUCUAGCAUUGGAGAUAUCCAGGACCAGAUCGGCAUCCUCGUUGCCGAUGGUCAAGGCGACAGACACUUUGACACCGGAGCUCAAAUUGCUUGUACCCAAGGCAACCAGGGCAGUAUCUGUGCUUUCUACCAGAGUGGUGCAUCUGGGUCAGCGAGAGACGCAUUUGGUCACAUCCAGCAGAUCAUCGACCACGGGUGUUCACUUUGCGGCAGUGUUCCGACACAGGAAGGAAACAAUGUGGACGAUGGGCAGCUGACAGUCAACUAUGUUAGCGACCCAUGCUGUGAGGGGAAUUGUCAUUGUUAGAUCUUUUCAUGUAUUUAGGGAACCAAAUGUAUCUCUUGAGUAUAUUACCACUCUUAUAGAAUGGAGGUCAAAAAG